UCUAUGAAAAGAAAUAGCGGAUUUAUACUCGAAGUUUAAUUAUAUAUUACCAAUACGAUGAUUAAGUGAGUUAGAUGCUGAUCAACGAAGAAUCCCAUCGAUCGACAAGUAAGCACUGGAGAGUAUAAGCGCGCUAACAAUUAGCACACAGCAUCCGGAGGGCUAUGCAACUCCUAUUCGAUGCCGCAUUAGUCAACUCCGCACUCGUCGUCUCGAUAAGCUAUACGAUCUGUAGGAAAGACGGAUGAGGAUUCCAACCUAGGAAUCAAUCCACGAGCUCCACCAGCUAAACAGCUUUCGCCGCAUGGGUGCUCACUCAGCAACCGCGAAUUGCCUACUACGGAGGCAUCCUAGGGAAAUACGUACCGCGCAAGGAGUAUAAGUCAAGUAUAUCCAUCCUCCUGAGGGAGGUGUUGACAACUCUUUUCAUACAUCACUGCACUUAGUGAUCGUCCUUACUCCCAAACUUACCCAGAUACAUAUCGUCCUGUCAGGUAUCAGCCGAUAUACAAUAUGCUUAAGCUAAGCCCCGACGAGAGUUUCAACUUCGAGAUCUUGCGCAUGUUGUCGCACUCCACGUUCAAUGGAGCCGAUAUCAGCGAGUGCCUCAUCGCCGCCGACGAGAUCGUCCCGGGUGACUUUGAGUCCUGGUAUGCGGCGUGGAACAGGCGUGCCGAGCGCGUGCUGUCCCAUAUCAAGGACAUGAGCGACCCGGUUUCUAUCCGGGAUUCGUACUUCCGCGCCUCGACGUACAGCCGCGCGGCAGACUUUUUCCUUCACGGGAAUUGGGAUGACCCGCGCAUUAACUCGCUGUGGAAGAGACAGGCCGACUGCUUCACGGAGGCCAUUUCCCGCCUAGAGAACCCUGGAUAUAGGAAAUUACUCAAGGCAGACGGCUUCGAUGUUCCUAUCAUCGUGUUCCCGGCCGGGAAGAAGGGCAAUGAGACGAAGAGACCCACGAUCCUGAUGGGGAACGGGUACGAUGGGUCUAUGGAGGAAAUGUAUCACAUGCACGGCGCGGCGGCGCUCGAACGAGGAUAUAAUGUCGUCGUGUACGAUGGGCCCGGACAACCGACGGUGCGUCGCGACCAAGGGUUAGGCUUCAUCCACAACUGGGAGGCUGUCGUGACUCCCGUCGUAGACUACGUCGAAACGCUGCCCUUCGUCGACCCCAAGAAGAUUGGCCUCGUGGGAUACAGCAUGGGCGGGUACCUUUGUGCCCGCGCCGCCGCCUUCGAGCACCGCAUCGCGGCCGUCUUCCAGAUCGACGGCCUGUUCGACUUCACCAGAAGCCCCGUCUUCACAACCGGCGGGCUAUCCCAGUGGAAGGGAAACGACGACGAGGCUGCGACCCGCGCCAUCCUGGAUAACCCCGAGGUGCCGGCCGGCUUCCGCUGGGUAUUGGGCCAUGGCCUCUGGGCCUUCAACGUCAAGACGCGCGGAGAAUUCCUCGAGAGGGCGGCGCGGUUCAGCUUGGAUAAUGGGAUCGCGCAGCAGAUACGGUGCCCGGUCUUCGUGGGCGACCCCGAGCACGAUAUGUUCUUCCAGGGCCAGCCGGAGCUCAUGGUGCAGGCGUUGGGCGAAAAGGGCACGUUGGUGAAGUUCACGAAGGAGGAUGGGGCGCAUGAGCAUUGCCACUUUGGCGCCGGGAGGUACACUAAUGCGGUUAUGUAUAAGUGGUUCGAGGAGAAGGUUGUGAAGGCGUAGGCUAGGAGGCUAUUGAGAGUCUGGCGAGGGCGGGAAAAUAAGAGGUUUGAAGUACUGGGCAUACAACCCCAAGUUCCAUUUCUAUAUACCUCCUGCUGGCUAUGUAGUAAUUAUCCUUACCUAGUUCCUGUGUACCUAGCUAGGUAGCUAAUACCAGCUCUUGCUCAUAAGGUAAGAAUAUGCCAUCACUUGAUAUCUGAACCCAUCGGCUUAGAUCUCAGGUACCAAUAUGUGGAUAAUAAUUUCAUGCGGAGACAUCGAUAAGUUCUUUAUUGGGUCGAAAAUUGGGUGAAUUGCUUUCUCCUGAUAUACAUACCUGGUGUGCAAAUGUGUGUGACUGUAUAUCUCUAGUUGGAA